UGUUUCACAGCUUCAUUCUUUGCGAUUUAAAGUUAACAUAGUGUAGUAGCACCCCCAAGCAUCAGCCUUGCACGGUUUUUAAAGUUUUGUACUGGCAACAUUUAAAAAGAAAAAGUUAUCCCUUCCACUAGUCCCACCUGGCGACGGUUGGAACCGCCAUUUUUACUUCAUUAUUCAUUCCCGUGCUCAAGCCUUCGCACGCGUACCUUCCACUUUAAACAUGGGGAAACGGAAGAAUGAAGAGGAGGAGAUUAGGAGAAAAAUUAAGAAACUGGAAUCAAAAUUGCCACGACGGACACGUGGCCGAUCUAGAAUUUUAUAUUCUUCAGAUUCUAGUGAAACAGACGGUGAGUUAUUAUACUUAUUAUUUUUUCUAGCAAUUUCUCAUAAACUGAUGAGGUUCUAUCGGAAAUACGACAUGAUAGUCGAUUCUGAAGCACGCCAAGAGCGAAGCUCAUCGCUGCGCAGCCACGUGGCGUCGCUGCCGCCGCCUCGCGCCGCACCGCCGUCGCCAACACCAGCGCCAGACUCGCCGAAGCAACCAUCGUCCCAGCCCCCGAUGCAACAAGAGCCGCCGCGACCAGCAUCUCCACGCCCAGGACCGUCGUCUGCUCCAGAUCUUCCAGAUACUCAACCCCAGGUACCCCAGGUACUUUCGUCUUCCGUGGAGGAUCAAGAACUCGAUGACGACAUCUUGUUAAUGUUAGGCGAUGCUCCAAAACCAGAACUGGCCUUAGGCGACAGCAUACACAAGGACGUGGCCAGUAGGUGGCAUGAAAUCUUACUAAAAGGUUUACAAAAGGAGGUGAAAGAAAAGCUUUUUCAGGAAUACCUUGUUCCCAGCAAUUGUGACCUCUUAGUUGCUCCUACACUUAACGCCGAGGCUAAGGCGGCAUUGACAGAUAGUUCAAUAAAAAGAGAUCAUGCCAUAAUGGAAAAACAGAAGCAAUUAGGAAUUGCUCUGUCUGCUCUCGCGCAGGCCAUGGAUUUAUUGCUUAAACCAGAUGCAUCUGCGCAAAAAAUCUUGAAACCAGUCAGUGAUGCUUGUCGUAUCUUGUGCGAUAGCCAUUACUUGGAAACAAAAAUACGUCGCUACUUCGUAGUUUCGUCAAUUAACACCGAUCUUAAAGAGACGCUUAUUAAUACGGUUAGAGACGGUUUCCUUUUCGGAGAUAAUGUAUCUGACAAAUUAAAAGCCGCUCAAUCUAUUCAAAAGUCUGGUGAAACAUUAAAACACACACCAAAACCGGUUAACAAUCGUUUUAAUAAAAAUAACUUUGUACUUAACAAAAAGUCUCAGAAAAACAAUUUAAACUUCAAACCCCUGCAUCAAAGGACGCAGAGCAAGUACGAUGCAGGGCACUACCGGCCGUCGCCGCGCUCCAGCCGCCCGAACAGCGCCCGCGCCGCCCCGCGCCGCCCGAGCUCGCCGCGCCGCCCGAGCUCGCCGCGCCGCCGCAGCUACCGGAGCUACAGGAGGUAGCUGAACACGAGGUACGGUACGCAGGACGAUUACGUAACUAUACCCAUAAAUGGGCACAGAUCACUUCAGAUCCUACGAUCCUUGAAUGGACUCAAGGGUAUAAGAUUCCUUUUACUUCUGUGCCUACCAGAAGAGAUUGUCCUGCUGUUUAUUCCAAGACAAGAUCGGAAAGAUCUCACUACGAAAAAGCUAUCAAUAAACUUUUAGAAAUUAAUGCCAUUUCAAUGUGUGAGCAUGAUCCCGACGAAUUCAUUUCUAGUAUUUUUCUGGUACCUAAACCAAAUGGCGAGAAAAGGUUCAUUCUAAAUUUAAAAUGCCUCAAUAAGUUUAUCGAAACUCGCCAUUUUAAAAUGGAAGACUAUAGAACCGCGUCUAAAUUGAUAACUCAGGAUUGUUAUAUGGCUUCUAUUGAUAUUAAAGAUGCUUAUCUUUUGAUUCCUAUAUAUAAACCACAUAGAAAAUAUCUACGCUUUAUGUUCAACGAUACUUUAUUUGAGUUUAAUACUCUCCCGUUUGGUUUAUGUACCUCGCCAUACGUUUUCACAAAAAUGCUAAAACCUAUAGUCGAGUACUUAAGACUACACAACUAUCUGUCGUGUAUAUAUCUGGAUGAUAUAUUAUGUGUGGGUAGAUUUCAUGAUGAAUGUCUUGCAAAUGUCACUGCAACCAAAUCUUUAUUAGAAGAUUUAGGAUUUAUUAUUAAUAGCGAAAAAAGUUGCUUUACACCAAGUACAAAAUGUAAAUUUUUAGGAUUUAUUUUUGACUCGAAAAGAAUGACGUUAAGUUUACCUGACUCAAAAAGAGACAAAAUAGAAGAUAAGCU